AUGGACCAUCACUCGAAAGCUAAGCAACUUCUUCAGCAACGUGAUGAAAUAGACGAGAAGAUCAAAGAGCUGAUGCUGGUUCUUGAAACUAACAACAGUACUAUGGAUUCUCCGUUGAUUGAUAGCGAAGGAUAUCCACUGAACACUAUUGACGUCUACACUGUCAGACACGCCAGACACGAUUUGAUCUGUCUCAGAAACGAUCGCACUGAAUUGACUGAAAAAAUUGUUGCUGAAAUGGAAGGUGAAAAGAAAGAGAGCAGUGGAUCUGUUGCUUCAGAAGAGAAGCCAGUUCACAGAACAUCCAACACGCCAUUCGUCAAAAUCUCAUCGGUCGUUGAGGCGUCGCCAGCGGACGUUGGAGGAUUCAGAAAAGAGGAUUUGAUCAUUCAGUAUGGAAAUCUUCAUCAUGGAAACUUCAGCGAUAUGCAACAAGUCUCACAGAUUACUAAAGAAUAUGAAGGCAAGAUCAUUCGUGUGACAGUGAUCCGUGACAACCGUCCAGUUCGUCUCGAAAUUCGUCCGGCAAAAUGGUCUGGACCAGGUCUUCUCGGGUGCAACAUCGUUCCGAUGGCGGGCGCAAAUGUCUGA